UGCCGUACCUGUAUGGGACCCUGACAGUUUUGGAUCUCUUAAUUGCCACGGGUAUCACUUUCUAUGCGUAACAAGAGGGGGAUAAAACUGAGCUGAAAUCCCCUUCAGGAGCAACUUUAUUUCCGAGAGCUUCCAGCAGCGAAUCAGUGGAGUAUUCAUGAAGCAAUAUUUGAACUAUUACAAGAUGAGGCUGAGAACUUCGAGGUUAGGUUAUCUGUUACUUCAGUUCACGGCGCUUUGCUUUUACGCACAGAACACCGUGCAGUCCCCUCCGAAUUUCAAGCACCAUGUUACCGAGCAGAGCCGGCUAUCGGACCGGAUGAGCCGCAGGCUGACCCGAACCUACCAGCUGUACAGUCGCACCAGCGGGAAACACGUCCAGGUCCUGGCCAACAAGAGGGUGAACGCCAACGGAGAAGACGGAGCGGCACACGCUAAACUGGAAGUGGAGACGGAUUCUUUUGGAAGUCGCAUUCGUAUUAAAGGGGUGAAGACAGGAUAUUACAUAUGUAUGAACAAGAAGGGGAAGUUGAUCGGCAAGCGGAAAGGGCGAGGCAAAGACUGCAUCUUCACCGAGAUUGUUCUGGAAAACAACUACACUGCACUCCAGAACGCCAAGUACGAGGGCUGGUACAUGGCUUUUACACGCAAGGGCCGCCCCAGGAAGGCCUCCAAGACCAAGCAACACCAGAGGGAGGCCCACUUCAUGAAGCGUCUACCCAGGGGGCACUUGCUGAGUGAGAAGAGACCGUUUGAUGUUCUUCCUCUCCCUGUCCCCGCGCACCCUUUCAACAAGCGGACUAAACAUUCCCACCACCAGCGCUCAGGGGGACGCUGAGGACUGAAACCACUGAGGGAGAACCGUGGAUGAACCAGCACAGAAGAACCACUACAAGAGAAAACCAUGUGCUUCAUGCAAACUAACUUUUCCUGUCAAGUGCCAAUACACUUUUUGCCUCAUUUUUGGAUUCAAUAUAUAAUUUGUUUUUUGUUUUUUGUACUGGCUUGUAUGUAAACAUUGACUAUCUAAUCUGUUAGUUUUUUUCCAAUUCAGACAAACUGUAGAACGGAUAUUUUCUUAUUAAAUCAGGAGGCAUUUAAAGUACAGGAGAGCUCAACAAUAAUUUCACGAAUGAAAACCCUU